AUGGCUAUUUGCAGAGAGUACGGGGCUCCUGAUCUGUUUGUUACCUUCACGUGCAAUCCGAAGUGGGAUGAGAUUGCUCUCGCACUGUCGCUUGAGCCGGGUCAGACUCAUUCGGAUAGGGUCGAUAUUUGUGCUAGGGUGUUUAAGAUGAAGUUGGAUGAACUGUAUGGCGAUAUUAGGGGUGGUUUUGCGUUUGGGCCUACUAGGGCUGCUGGUUUCAUAGACAGCAUUGUUUCGGCUGAGCUGCCCGACAUUAAAGUUGAUCCGCUUGCAUAUCCAUUGGUUGACGAGUUUAUGGGUUCUGACCGGACCAAGAUAAAAGUGCAGGGUCUUUGCCCUCAUGAGGCAUCUGCUUCAGGUCUUGGUGGUGUGGACGAGGUGGAAGAGUACGUCAACUGUCUUGCUCGGGAGUGGGAGACUAUGUACGACCAGCUUAAUUCUGAGCAGCUUGCUAUUUAUGACAGCAUAGAUCUUUUGUCUGAGAUUCAGCCAUCAAAUGCUUCGCUUCCUUUUGGUGGUUUUUCGGUGGUUCUUGGUGGUGACUUCUGGCAGGUUUUACCUGUGAUACCUGGAGCUUCUAAGCAGGAGGUGCUUGACGCCGCUCUUUGCAGCUCGCCUUUGUGGCUAGAUAUUACGGUGUUUAGCCUACGUACAAAUAUGAGGUUGCAGGCGGUUGGGCUGUCCGAUAAGGAGAGGGAUUAG